AUGGAGAGGACCUGCUCAGAGGGACGGUAUAAAAGAAAUGAGGCGUCUCCCUUCGGCGGGCCAGACCCCGAACCAACGUCGAGUUUGAGUAGGUCGGCAGCCAUUGGAGUUGGUGUUGGUAUCAUAUCUCUGAUUAUGGUGUUGAUUGGGAUUACCUUUUGCGUCUGGAAAGUACGAGGUCAACGAAGGUCCAAUGAAUCUAUCGAAGCCCCUCCUGUCAGCCAUUUCAGAUCACCAUCUGACGCUACUGAUCAGAAGACGUUGGUAGCCUCAUUUCCAAAUAGUCCACAGCAUGCAUAUUUCCAGAACCAAGUCAUGACCCCGGAUUUGUUCGUGGAAGCUCUCGGAAACAAUGAAUCCAGAAGGGGGGAAGCAGAACAUAAUGGGCAAGGGACCACGAGCGGAAGCUAUCGCAUAGAAGACGUGACGGGCAAGGAACUCCCGACCCCUCCACCGACCGAAAGCCAACCGCCGCCUCAGCCUACCGAACCGGUGCGAUAUGCGAUCAAUGUCAGUAUCAACAAGAGCAUGAUAUUUGACGAUGAGAUGGUCAGAGCUGUGAGUCCACUGCGUGAGCCUGCAGCACCACGGGGGCGUGCACCAAAGUACAUUUUUAAGGAAUACCUGCCGCCUGUACACAAUUCUCCUCCAACUUCCGUCCAGCCAGUUUUGAACAAGCGGGGGUCAGACCAUGAGCUGGACCGCUAUCCAUCGAAAGAUAUUUCAAUUCACACCUCUACAACAGAGGACAAUAGCUCUGAGAAUGAGCUUGGGAGUCCUGUAGAUACAAUUCUUUCGAAACUAGAAAGCGCUCCUCCACAGCUUCCGUUACCCGAUCUGCCACCUCCAAGCCCGAGCUUCAGUUUCUGUUCCUACGAUUGGUAUCAAGACAUCAUAGACAAUCGCACAAGCACACAUACACCCACCCAAGCGACUUUCUCGCGCCCAUUCUCUUCCUCUCCCAACUCCCGAAGCAGUUCAGCCAGAGUCCCCGAACCACUCCUUCUCAGCGCGAAUCCUCCGCCAUCAGCAUCACUCUUGCAUCCAGACUCGGCGGCGUUGCAGAGCCCGUCAAGUCCACACUUUCGCUUAUCUCCAACGGUGUACAAGCCAUCGCAGCCAUUGCAGCCUCCCGCUGUGCCACCAACACCACCCCCAGUAUCAACGCGCACAUCUGGCCUAAGCACCAUGACGCGCACCACGCAUAAUUCGCGUAGCUGGUUGCCUGACGAUGGUCUUUACCUUGCUGAAGAAGGGACGAAUUCGUACAUGGCAUUUAGCAGACCAAACGACGAGUGUCUACCCACGAGCUAUUCGCCCUUGACAUGA